UUUGGACGAAGAUGAUAAACUUAUACAAGAAGGAGCCGGUAGAGAAGCCAUUCAGGAAAAAUUCAGCAGCUCUGGAGCGUGUUCGUCAUUGAAGCUAGACCUUUUCAUCGUCGAUCUCGUCUUACUCGUCGGCUCGUCGCGGUGUUUCGUUUCCAAUUGGCGAGGAUCGGUAUAAUCUCUUUGCUAACGUGUGAAUCAAAGAUCGUGUCCAGUCUUUCCUCUUCCUGGAAAUUGAAAUCAGUCUAAGCUUUUCUGCUGGGUGUUUCUUGAUAUCGCAGGCCUUAGUUCUACUAUUUUUUCAUGGUUAAUGAUUUUGACAUGAAAGUGGUGUAGCAUUUCAACUGAUCCAAAAAAUGAGUUCAGCUGUAACAAAUCCCCAAGGAAUCAUGCAACCAGGUGCUUAUGCUGGUAUUGACUCCCGCAGUAACAGCACUUCUGUUUCUUUUGUGCGUUCAGGAUUAGAAUCCAAUGAAAGCGAUGAAGCAGAGUUGGUUUCAGUGUCUUGGAACCAGGAUUCCUGUUGUUUUGCUGCUGGAACGAGUCAUGGUUUUCGUAUAUAUAACUGUGAACCUUUCAAGGAAACUUUCAGGCGUGAGCUGAAGAAUGGGGGUUUUAAAAUUGUGGAGAUGCUUUUCCGAAGCAAUAUCUUGGCGCUUGUUGGCGGUGGACCUAAAUCUCAGUACCCUUCAAACAAAGUACUAAUUUGGGAUGAUCAUCAGAGCCGUUGCAUCAGUGAAUUUGCUUUUAGGUCUGAAAUUCGAGCAGUGAAAUUAAGAAGGGAUCGGAUUGUUGUUGUUCUGGAACAUAAGAUAUAUGUUUACAAUUUUAUGGACCUAAGACUUCUUCAUCAAAUUGAAACUCAAUCAAAUCCAAGAGGAUUAUGCUGCCUUUCUCAUCACUCAAAUACGUCUGUGCUAGCUUGCCCUGGUCAACAUCGUGGAGAGAUUCGAGUUGAACAUUUUGGCCUCAACAUGGUACAAACCAUAAAUGCCCAUGACGCCAGUAUUGCGUGCAUGACCUUGACACUGGAUGGUUUGUUGCUCGCAACUGCCAGUACAAAGGGCACGCUGAUUAGAAUCUUCAACACAAUGGACGGAACUCGUUUGCAAGAGGUACGAAGAGGAGUGGACAGAGCAGAUAUUUAUAGCAUUGCACUUUCACCAAACGUGCAAUGGCUGGCAGUAUCAAGCGACAAGGGGACUGUUCACAUUUUCUCUCUUAGAGUUAGGGUAGUUGGGGAGGAUUCUCAUUCCACCGAAAAUGCAGCUCUCCUGACACAACAAACUUAUUCUAAUUCUUUGCAAGGCCUUUUUUCUCCAGCCACUGGUACCAAUCCUGGUUCUUCAUUGUCAUUUAUGAGUGGUGUUCUACCAAAGUAUUUCAGCUCGGAAUGGUCCUUUGCACAGUUUCAUGUAUCAGAGGUCACGCAAUUCUUUGCAGCAUUUGGCAGCCAAAACACGGUUGCUAUUAUCGGCAUGGAUGGCAGUUUCUACAGAUGCAGCUUUGAUCCUGUGAACGGGGGAGAGAUGGGACAGCUAGAAUAUAUCCGCUUUCUCAAGACGGAAAAGGGCCCGAGAUAAGUCAGAUUCGUGUUCCGACCACUCCUCUAAGCCUAUGUACAUAAACCAUGUCUAUGUAAAUAGAUUGGUGAGACUGCAUAAGGUUUGAUUCAUUGCAUAUUGCUACUUCAAGCGAAGGACCUGCAUUAUUGAUUGGGACUAUGUACAUAGCUACAUAUCAAGAUUUCAUCCCCACAAGUUUGCUUCUAAACACUAUGUUAUGUAAAUUUUCUAAUAACGCCAUAGAAAAUGUAAUAACAGUUGAUAAAACAAAAAAAAAAUAUGUAUAUUGGAUCGGGGACCUCUUAUCA